AUGCUGACGUUCUACGGCUGGCACAUUUUGGGCAGUGUCCUUUGCAUUGUAAUUAUUCUGCAACAGUGGACGAUUCAGAUGGCAAUCCAAGAUAUUCGAAUGGACGUACACAUAGUUCCUCAGGUAGUGACUCAAGUGGUCACUAAAGUGGUGACUGCAACACCAACAACUGUUGAUGCUGCGACCACCGAAGUCACGAUCGAAGCGCUUUCCGAGUUUGACGAGAGAUUGAUGAGCCACGUGAGAAGCAUUUUGGUCAAACCGAACAAUCGAAGCGUGCCCUACGCUCUGCAAAACCCAAACGCCGCCGACUACUCUCAGGAUAACACCGGCCCUUUUGUACUCUCCCUGUUGAAAAACAAGACGAAGGGUUUCUUCUUUGAAUGCGGCGCGUUCGACGGCGAGACCUUUUCCAACAGCCUGGCGCUGGAAAAGUUUUUCAACUGGACGGGUUUGCUGGUCGAAGGAUCGCCGAAGAACGUUCAGGUCAUGCUGACCAAGAAGAGACGGGCGUGGAUUUCGCCCACUUGUCUCAGCACAACCAGGAAAUCCAUGAAGGUCAAGUUCCUCGACAGCACCAACACUGGGAAAAUAGUCGGGGGAGCAAAUCAGACUGUGGCGAAACCCCAGUCCGGCUCCCUGGUCCAAUCUUUUUGUGUUCCCUUCAACACCUUGAUGAAAGUUCUGGACAUUAAGCAUAUUGAUUACCUCACUCUGGACGUUGAAGGCCAAGAAUUUGAAAUUCUCCAGACGAUCGACUUCAACAGUGUGACGAUUGACGUGAUGGCUGUGGAGUUUAAUAAUUUUCGUCCGCCCGAAAUCUUACAAGAAAUUCUCAAAAUUGCGAAUGCAAAUGGAUUCGUCAUGGUCAAAAGAACGAGACUCGAUUACAUCUUUGUGCACACCAGAAUUUACCAACCCCCGAUUGCAACAUCUUCAAAUUUGCCGACUGUGAAUCCGACUACAAAAAAAACUCAGUGA